AUGCCGAGUCAAUCAGCCAAACGUUCGCAUCGCCGCAGACAUCGCUCCACGCACUCUGACAGCGACGACGAGGUCUCAUCCUGGGACUCGCAUCCCGUCUCCUCAUCCCACAGCACCUCUUCCUACUCAUCAUCAUCCAACGAUGCCCUCAUCGCAAAGCUACCUACACUACCAGAUCUACGAUUCGAGCAAUCCUACCUCGCUACAAUCCGCAACUUCUUGCACGAAGAACAGCCCUCCUCUUCCACCGCACACGACGAGUCGGAAAAGCAACUCCCUACAGCGAACGCAGAGAAAGAUCACCAUCACAAGGUCGAGGUGACACACGGAAAGGUGGAGGAACAUCACGAGCUGUGGUUGGGGAAUCUGCGGGUUGAAUGGUAA